AUGGCUAUAGGAAAGGAAGGAAACGUCAAGUGGGUUGAUGGCCUACGCGGUCUCGCCUCUGCCACAGUCGUGUUGACGCACUUGACCCGCGCCUUCGACCUGCUAGCAUUCGACUCGACUGGAGCCGAGGGCGAACGCCCACGCUUCAUACAAUGGCCUUUCGUUCGCGUCUUCACACAGGGCCGUAUUGGCGUCACCAUCUUCGCCAUGGUUACCGGCUACGUCUGCGCCCUCAAACCCAUUAAGCUCUGCCGCCAGGGCAAUCAGGAAGCAGCCUUCAAGUCUAUGGGCAAGUCGGCCCUUCGUCGUGUACCACGCCUUAUUCUACCCGCUGGCAUCGCCACUAUAAUAAUAUGGUUUGCGUGCGAGAUGGGCGUCUUCCACGUUGCCAAACAUUGCGACAGCUGGUGGAUUCGUGAGACCGGUCCGUCUCCCGGAUUGAGUUUCGGUCAUGCUAUCCGAAGCCUGGUCAGCAACAUUGUCGGCACGUGGACAAACGGAGGCAACCAAUACGAUGCGAAUCAAUGGACAAUGCUGCCCCUGCUGAAAGGGAGCAUGGAGGUCUAUGUCUUUAUGCUGGCGACAGGCUACAUCCGGCCGCGGUAUCGCAUGAUGGCAGCUAUGGGCAUGUGGCUAUACUAUUACUUUGCCAAUGAUCCCACCUUUGGAAUGCAGUUUUUCUUUGGAAUCUUCCUCGCCGAGCUACAGAACCACCCGGCCGGCAACCAAUAUCUCGCUGACCACUCACGGCUGUGCAAAUUCUUGUCUCCUCUCUUCUUGACACUCGGCAUGCUCGUCGCCUCAUACCCUGAAGCCCAUCCCGAGUGGGUGCCUUGGGCCAAGUCCAUAUACGACAUCUUCAUGGUUAUUCUGCCAUACAACCCGGAUUUCCCUCGCUUUGGUACCGGCAUCGGCCUCCAGCUCAUCGCAAUCGGACUACAUUUCUCUCCCUCCACCCGCGAUGUCCUUUCAAACAGGGCUUUCUUGUGGUUGGGCAAGCAGUCCUUUGCCGUAUAUCUGCUACACGGCCCGCUCCUCCGCAGCAUGCUGGCUUGGAUGGUAUUCGGGUUCACGACGUUGCCCAACACGCAGGAUGAGAAGGGCGAGACCGUUGAGCAUUACACACCGUUUCCCGGAUACACUCACCUCUUAAUGGUGCUGCCGUUUUGGCUUCCCAUGAACUAUGCGGCCGCCGUUGCAUGGACAACAUACGUCGACCCCUGGUGCGCCACCCUCACGGAGAGAAUGGUCAACUACGUCAUGCGCGAAGACCAGGAGAAGCCGGAAGCACUACUCCCGGCGUGA